AUAAGAAAAAGCUGGUGGAUGUGCCACGUGGGCAGGAUAAUGGACGUCAGAUCGGAAUGUGACGGAUGAGAUUAAAUCGGACUUUUAUUUGCAACUGCCAGACAACUGUAGAGUAAAUAUUGGGAGAUCAUAUAGAUUUUCUGAAGUUUUUUAGAGAGAGAAAGAGAGAAAGAGGAGAGAGAGUAUGGGUUGUAUUAAAUUGAGGUAGCAGGAGGAGAGGGGGUUUGCAGUGGCUAUGGCGGCGUUGCAGGGGGCGUGAUUUUAAUGCAUCCAAAUAACAAAAAGACAGAAUUCAAAACAAAGAAGAAAAGAAAAAAAAAAAGAGAAUGAACAAUCCAAAACCCUUUCUUUUUUCUUCCAUAAAAAUUGUUUCAUUCUAAUUUUUUUUCUCUGCGAAAACACAAAUCCACUUGCUUGAUUUUUAAAUUAUGAUAUUGAUUAUUGGAAUGGUUUAGUUUAUCCCUGUUUCACUUUCUCUCUCUUUCUCUCUCUCUCUCACACACAAGACACCAUUUUCCUUCACACAUAAAAAAUUUAGAUUUUUUAAAACCCUAGAUCUUUCAGUAGGUGGCACACUCACAACCCCUAGCGGUUUCCGUGAUCAGGGAGAUUAAAACCCUUUUUAAUUUCUUCAUUUUCUGGAUAUGGAUUUGGGUUUGAUUUUGGAGAAUUUGGGUGUGGAAAGAUGUCGGGUUUGUUCUCACUAGGUGGAGGGUUUGGAAUUGGUAAAGACGAGGAAGAACAGCAACAUGAUCAUCACAAUCAAGAGCAGGAAGAUAGUAUAAUCACACCUAAUAGUUUGUAUUUGUUCAAGAACGAAGACAUCUACAGCAAAGGAUUCGAACUAUGGCAACAAUAUUACCAGCUUCACCAGCACCGCCAGCAGAACCACCAUCAGCAACCACCGCAUUAUGAUUUGUCUGUCGGUGGUGGUUGUACAGGUAGGAGAAGAAGUAGCACGGCGAGUGGUGGUGUGGAUGAUCUUUGUCUUAACAGUAACAGCAGCAACAACAACAACAACAAUCAUCAUCAUCUUUACGCGUCUUCGUGGAAUUUCGUUGAUAGAUCAAGUGGAAGUGGUGACGAGACGAAAGUGAUGAGGCAAACUGGGUAUAGCAUCGGUGGCGGAGAUCAUGGUGGUGGUGGCAGUGGCAGUGGUGGUGGUGGGAUGAAUUGUCAAGAUUGUGGCAACCAAGCAAAGAAAGAUUGUCAGCACAUGCGGUGUAGAACUUGCUGCAAAAGCCGUGGGUUUCAAUGUCAAACCCAUGUCAAGAGCACCUGGGUUCCCGCAGCCAAACGCCGGGAACGUCAACAACAGCUCUCUUCGUUAACGCAACAACAGCAGCAACAGCAACAGCAUCACCAUAAUUUAGGGAAUCAGCAGCUGAGUUUGAUGAUGAGAGGUGGUGGUAUUGAUCAGAAUCCCAAGAGACUACGUGAAGAUCAUCAGCUAAUGACCACCGGUGGUAGUGGUGGUGGUGGUGGUGGUGUGACUUUAAAUUUGCCUUCUACGCAUCAUCACACCACUUCUUCAGGGUUCGAAGUGGGUCAUUUCCCGGCGGAAGUGAGUUCUCCGGCGAUAUUCCGGUGCGUUAGAGUGAGUGCAAUGGACGAAGCGGAGGAGCAGCUAGCAUAUCAAACGGCAGUCAACAUCGGAGGACAUCUUUUCAAGGGAAUUCUCUACGAUCAUGGUCCGGAAGGUCGAUACAACCACCCAGCAGGUGGUGGUGAUAGUUCCUCCGCAGGUGGCGCUCAGCAUCAUCAACAACUUAACCUCAUUACUUCCGCCACGAUGGGGAUUCCCGCCGCCACCUCCGUCAAUCCACAUGUCACAUCUAUUGAUCCUUCCUCCAUAUAUCCAGCUCCUCUCAACGCUUUCAUGGCGGGUACGCAAUUCUUCCCACCACCAAGAUCUUGAAAACAAAAAGCAAGAAAACAAUAAAAAAAAUUGCUAAUCGUUAGGGGAACUUUUAGAGAUGCAAUGGCAUGCUUUGAUCUUGAUUAUACCACAUUGGUUAUGUAGCUGCUAGCAUUCAACUAGGAGAAAUCAGAGAAACAUAGUGCAUGUAUGCAAAAUUCAUAAAUCUGUGUAAUCAAGAUUAUGUCUACAACCACGAACUCCAUUGCAACAAAUGUUAAUUAAUUUAAUUACCUGUUUCUAUGAUC